UCGCGGGAACAACGCAAAUAUAUAGUUUACUAUAGAGUGUGGUAAGUUACAGUGAAAAACUGUAGGGUGAAAAUUAAGACGUGAAGUUUUUGUUUUAAUUGUGCAGCGGAUGUAUUGAGUUACAUCAAAUUAUUAUUCAGAAUGGAAGCAUUUUUCAAAGGAGUAAGGCCUGGUACAUCUGGACUCAAAGACAAAACUGGAAGUCAGAAAGAUGGCUCCAAACCUGGCAGAAAGCAGGCACCUCCUCCUUGGGUUGAAAAAUAUCGACCAAAGACUGUCGAUGAAGUUGCAUUUCAAGAAGAGGUGGUAACUGUUCUGAAAAAGACACUACAAGGUGCUGAUUUUCCAAAUUUACUUUUUUACGGUCCACCAGGCACAGGGAAAACAUCAACAAUAUUAGCUCUAGGAAGGCAAAUGUUUGGGGAAAUGUAUCGAAGUCGAAUUCUGGAACUUAAUGCUUCUGAUGAAAGAGGAAUUCAAGUUAUUCGAGAAAAAGUUAAAAACUUUGCCCAACAGACUGCAAGUAAUCGGACACCAGAAGGAAAACCUUGCCCUGCUUUCAAAAUUAUCAUACUGGAUGAAGCAGAUUCAAUGACAAAAGCAGCUCAGGAUGCCCUAAGAAGAACAAUGGAAAGGCAGUCCAAGUCUACAAGAUUCUGCCUCAUUUGUAAUUAUGUCAGUAGGAUAAUUGGACCUUUAACAUCUAGAUGCUCCAAAUUUAGGUUCAAACCAUUAUCUAAAGAUAUCCUUAUUCAGAGGUUGCAAGAUAUAAGUGAAAAGGAGAGUGUAAAAGCUGAACCUGGCGUUCUUGAGAGUCUUGUGGACAUUUCUGAAGGAGACCUAAGAAAAGCCAUCACAUUUUUGCAAAGUGCACACAGGUUAAAAGGUGACUUGGGUAUAAACUUGGAUGACAUCCUAGAAAUUGGUGGGGUAGUACCAUCCAAAUGGUUGGAUAAGCUCUUUGACAUUUGUAAGUCUGAUUCAUAUGAGAAACUGGAAACAUUUGUUACUGAUAUGGUGGCUGAAGGUUUCUCAGCUGGUCAACUGAUGGGUCAGUUGCAUGAUAAGAUUGUAUUUACAGAAGAAUUGAAUGAUAAACAGAAAUCAGUUAUUUGCAACAGACUGGCAGUUUGUGAUCAUCGCCUCAUGGAUGGAGCUGAUGAAUUUUUACAGAUAAUGGAUAUGAUGACAGUAAUCAUGCAUCAACUCUGUCAUGCCUCAAGUUGAUAUACAUGGCCAUAACAGUAGCAUAGUUGAAUCAAUAAUGAUAUACUGUUAAGUUUAAAGCCUAUUUUUUGUCAUUAUAUUACUAGAUGAAUAAUCGAAAAAGUGUUUCCUUCUUCACAGAAAGUUUAAUAAAUUUCAACAGUUUCUACUUUGAAGUAACAUAUACGAUUUCUGAAG